AUGGACGCUUUGAAGGAACGAGGAAGCGAUAAAGCUCCUAAACCGGGACGAACCGGCAAGUCCAUCCCAGCACCCUCUCAGGGGCCAAACCGCGCAGCCCCGGUUACUCCCCAGAAAGGAUCCCGAGCAAACAAGAACACGUCCCAAGCAAAGUCAGGUUCGUCCCGGCUUAGCCAAACAGACCCCGACCAAGAACCCAAACCUACCCCGACCCACCCUCCAAAGCCAACAAGCAAGCCCCAACCCCAGCAGUCGGGGUAA